AAAAGAUUCGUUGUGAAGAUGGGUCAUCAUCCUUUAUUCCGUUUAAUCUUAGAACCCUAGAACACUCCCAAAACCCUUUUACUAACACUUCCAGAUCCAGCGAAAUCGAUUUUGGUCUUCGAGCAAUAUGGAGGAUCGUGUUUUCUCUUCGGUUCACUCAACGGUUUUCAAAGAAUCCGAAUCGUUGGAAGGCAAGUGUGACAAAAUCCAAGGAUACGAUUUCAAUGACGGAGUAAAUUACCCAAAGCUUAUGCGAUCUAUGCUCACCACUGGGUUUCAAGCCUCAAAUCUCGGCGAAGCUAUUGAUGUCGUCAAUCUAAUGCUAGACUGGAGACUGGCUGAUGAAACCACAGUAGCUGAAGACUGUAGUGAAGAGGAGAAAGACCCAUCUUUCAGAGAGUCUGUCAAAUGUAAAAUCUUUCUGGGUUUCACUUCAAAUCUUGUUUCAUCUGGUGUUAGAGACACUAUUCGAUAUCUUGUUCAGCAUCACAUGGUUGAUGUUAUAGUCACUACAACUGGUGGCGUAGAGGAAGAUCUCAUCAAAUGCCUUGCACCUACAUUUAAAGGUGAUUUCUCUCUACCUGGCGCUUAUCUACGGUCUAAGGGAUUGAACCGAAUUGGGAACUUGCUGGUUCCUAAUGAUAACUACUGCAAGUUUGAGGAUUGGAUCAUUCCCAUCUUUGACGAGAUGUUGAAGGAACAGAAAGAAGAGAAUGUGUUGUGGACUCCUUCUAAACUGUUAGCACGGCUGGGAAAAGAAAUAAACAAUGAGAGUUCAUACCUUUAUUGGGCAUACAAGAUGAAUAUUCCAGUAUUCUGCCCUGGGUUAACAGAUGGCUCUCUUGGCGAUAUGCUGUAUUUUCACUCCUUCCGUACCUCUGGCCUUGUCAUUGAUGUAGUGCAAGAUAUCAGGGCUAUGAAUAGUGAAGCUGUCCAUGCAAGUCCAAGAAAGACAGGGAUGAUAAUCCUUGGAGGGGGCAUACCGAAGCACCACAUAUGUAAUGCCAAUAUGAUGCGUAACGGUGCAGAUUACGCCGUAUUCAUAAACACCGGGCAGGAGUUUGAUGGGAGCGACUCGGGUGCACGCCCUGAUGAAGCCGUGUCUUGGGGUAAAAUAAGGGGAUCUGCUAAAACCGUUAAGGUGUACUGUGAUGCUACCAUAGCUUUCCCUUUGUUGGUGGCUGAAACAUUUGCCACAAAGAGAGAACAAACCUGUGAGUCUAAAACGUAAAGAACUGAUUGUCGUUUAGGCCCUUGGAUUCUUACGUCGCCUUCUGCUUUUACACUGGUGAAAUAGUACCCAUAAAACACUACACAUAUUGAUGUGGCUGUGACGCAAAUUGUCGCCUUGCAGAAUGUACUUUAUUGUUUGCUCUGAUUUCAAAUUGAUUAAGAUCGUCUUUGACUAAUUAAACAUACAGGAGUUUGGUGGUCAAAUGAUCCUUUGCCUUUAAACAAUAUCAACAUCAACAAUGUAUUGUGGUU